CUGAUAGUCAGGGGGUGUGUUGCCUUAAAAAAAUAGUAAAGGCAAAGUGAAACAUCCAAACGCGCUGUUUGUCCUUAUGCAGUAAACUGAGAGAAUUUGAUUAAGAUUUUUUCUUGCGAAGAGCCAAAGCCGGCUGUUUAGCUUAGCUCACUUCUAGAGGGUGCAGAAUGGCAGCUGUGAGAUCUAGUCCAGGACUGGAUGUGGUACAGACGGGCUCAGAAAGGCAGGAUUCAUUGAUCAACAUGCAAGGAGAGGGAGAGGGGGUGAGUGGACAGAAAAGGCUGAAUACAGGGCAAAGAAUCGAGUGGCCUGUCGAUGCCAACACACAGCAAACAAACCGUCAGCGCUUCCCACGGUCUUCCGGUGUGGACCUGCCCACCUACAGGAGUCCCGAAUCAGUCGAGAUGGAUGAGAUCAUGGCUGCGAUGGUACUCACAAGUCUGUCCUGCAGUCCAGUGGUCCAAAGCCCCCCACAGCGGGAUCUCCUUCCAGGGGACAUGGAGUGUUGCGGAGGUGAGCUGUCUGAUAGUGGCAGCAGUGGAUACUGGAGCUGGGACCAUGGCAGUGUAAGCCCCGCCCCUUCCCCAUCGGUCACUGAGAUGGACAGGCGCCUGAGUCAACCGACGGAUGAGGGAUUGCAAAUGGAACUGGACCAAACCGCAUGUGAGGAGCUGGAGGCCAGAAGGUGCAAGAGCUUGAGCAGGGGAGCAUACAGGUGUCUGUGGCCAGGCUGUGAGAAAGUGUUGACAUCACGGGUUGGAAUGAAACGGCACAUUCGCAUUCUUCACUUGGGUGGGGGCUCAGAGCAGUCUCACAGAGAAGAAGACUUCUACUACACAGAGGUAUCUUCCGAAGAUGAGGAGACUGCACCUUCAUCUCCCGCUCCAUCGUUCUCCAGUGGGGCCUGGACUUCUUGUAGUUCCACACAAAGCCAAACCACCCCAGGAUGCCAAGAUGCUGUCCAGUCGAGUCCUCUCAGCCAAUCGGCUCCGAGCAGUGUGUGGCAGAUUCACACUGAACAUCUCUAUCAGGCCUGUGCACCCAUUCAGGUGACGGUUUCUCCAGGCUCUCCCACCUUAUGUAGCUGGACCUUGCCAGGUGAUGUCCAGCAAAAACCUCAGAUGGCAGCACCUCGCAGCCGGUCGGUGAGUGUCGGAGAGCAGUGGCUGCAGCGAAACAGCGCCCCCACCAGAUCACAGACCAUGAGUGCAUCUCCCUCUAGAGGGCACUGUUCAUUCAGAAAGGGCCGUGGUGAGGCCAAGAAGUGCCGAAAAGUGUAUGGUGUGGAGCGAAGGGACCAAUGGUGCACUGCCUGCCGGUGGAAGAAAGCCUGCCAGCGCUUCCCGGACUAAAAAAAAAAGACUUAAGGAGAUGAGAAAGAAUCUCUGCUUUCUUUUUUCCAGCUACUUCCUGCACUGUAGAGGAUCCCUCAUUUCACUUUUCUACCUUCUUUGUUUUCCUACCACAGUUUAUAGUGUUUUGUCAUGUUUUACCACAAAUUGAACGCUGGUACUAGAUGUUGAUAAUGUGUGGAGUAGUAGAAUCAGAUUGAAUUUUGCCCUCUAAUGAGACUCAUGUACCUAAAAGUGUUUUUGGGGUUUUUCUACCCCAGUCUUGCACUUCAUGUACACCUGAGAUAUUUAAGUGAUCGUUGAUUUUUGUAUACUGUGGACAAUGUGUUGCUUUGAACAUUUCAUGAUGUUUUCUAUUGCUGUUUUGUGAGCCUGAAAAUUAUACUGUUACUGUAACAGUGUAAUACCAUGUAUCGACUUUUUUUCUACGUAUUUACACAGAAUUUAGUCACAACUUUACGUUCUGCAGGGUUCGCCGUAGCGCUUCCUUAUUAAUCUUAACUGCCAGAUAUAAAGCUAAAAUGAUGUUGAGUGAAAGAUGAUGUGCCGGAUGUUGUUUGAUGGAGAUACAAGUGCAGCUAUACUCUUCUGAUGGUAUACCAAAGUGCUAUUGCAAAGCUGAGUAAAAGGGAGUUUGAGUGAAUACUGCUGUGAGAACAGUUUGGCCUGGUUCCUUUUGUAUUUUUCUUGCCAUCCUUCCAAACAGUGUUGAGGGCUUAUUUGUACAAAAUUGGAUUUUACAUAAAGGAACAUCUAUAGGAUUUGACAGCCUAACACUAUACUAAAAAAUAAAGAUGGUUCAAAAGACAUGAGAUAAAAUAUGCAAAUUUCAAAAGCUUGUCAUUUGAGCAUUAAAAAAUGACAAGAACAAUCGUAAAAUUAUUUUAUUGGCUUUUUUGUUUGCAUUUCAUGUAUAAGUGAAAACAAUUAAAGAAAAGUUCACUUUCCAGAAAUGUUUGCAGAGUGUGUUGGAAAUGAUAACUAUUCACAAAGCCAAAAACGUCUACCCAAAUAAGAUCUUAUAUUUAUACCAGGAAUACUGUAAAGAACA